UAGGACUGCUAUUCUGUAUCUUUUGGAGACCCAUGCCACUACCAUCAUUGUUGGCGAGACUGGGAGUGGCAAAACCACUCAAAUCCCCCAGAUGACCUUUGCUCAGUGAAUUUUUCCGGGGAAAAAAAAAGGAGGACUUCAUGAUUUGUAUCGUCAUGGUAGCAAGUAUUUCAAUUAAAUGGGAUGAUUAGAAGCAUUGUUUUAAAAGUCGCUGAGUCUGACAGAGACUUGGGUGAGUGACUAGGAGUGAGUGAAAACCUUGGGAACUGUCUCUGGUUCCCAUUUAUGUUUUUAAAACUUGGUCAAGUUCGCAUUGGACUCAGCAGAGUCUGACUUUCUGACUUGGGCAUGGCCCAUCCCGGUCCCAGGUCCUAGUCCGCAUAUAAAAGCUCUAAUUAGAAGUGAUGGAAACCAACAUGUUGCUGCGAAAUUGCAAGAGAAUCAUUGAGUCACAGUAAACACCUGCAUUGUUUGGGGGAAGUGGUUAAUUCCAUAACAUGUAACCCUAGAGAGAGAAUUUUAUGGCUCAAGAAGCUGAUUUCGUCAUAAGCUUGCCCAACUAUAAAAUGAAAACAACCUGUCCAUUGGAUUGGUUCUCCUGGUCUAUGCAAAUGGUCACCAGUUCAUCUCAACUGAAAGAUAAAUACUUGUUAUCCCAUUCCAGUUGGUGGUCUUGAUUGCUGGCAGCCUGGAAAUGUCAGCAUUUAUGAUCUAUCUAUGACAAACUCCGUAAAACAAAAACCUUUCUCCAUUUUGAUAUGAGACCACAAAAGACACGUUGUGCUCCAAAACACCAUUACUUGAAUGUCUUCUUGGGUCAAAUCCGAGAUGUGCUUAGAAACAGAAAACUUUGUUUGCAUUCCUGCCUGGGCGCCAUUAUUGAAAAAAUAUAUACUUUUACUUCUUUCUGUCUUGUUAUUUUUCCUAUUAAUGCUACUCCCCAUGCUUCGGCUUUCAUUAGAUGGCAUUUAUGUGUACCAUGUCCAUGUCCUUAGAGUCAGUCCCGGUAACCAAGCCAUGUAGUUAUUGAAAUUUAAUGUUAUUUCUGCUAGCUUGUAGGAGCACAUUUUAUUAUCAUCUUGCUAGCUGAAUUUUGGGUUGUUUGUGCUUUUGGCUGGCUCUGUUAUAUGGUUGCUUGAUACCUGGUACUAAGCUUUGUUGUUGUACGAGGUACAAGCAUGUGCUGGACACAACUUGGCGGGGUGUUUCAUUAAGUAGAUUGGUCCUCAUGUUUGUAUCUCAAGGAAGCUGGCUGGGCAGAUGGUGGGCGGGUAGUAGUUUGUACCCAACCCAGAAGAUUGGCAGUUCAGUGGCUUCAAGGGUGGCUGAGGAGAUGGAUGUCAAGCUUGGAGAGGAAGUUGGAUACACAAUACGAUUUGAAGAUUUAACCAAAUCAGCUGUUACCAGGAUCAAAUUCCUAACAGAUGGUGUACUACUACGAGAAAUGAUGGAUGAUCCUCUUUUGUCAAAAUACAGUGUUGUAAUGGUAGAUGAGGCCCAUGAAAGAUCCCUUUCAACAGACAUGUUAUUGGGGCUGUUGAAAAAGAUUCAACGUCGUAGACCUGAAUUACGUUUGAUCAUUUCAUCUGCAACAAUUGAAGCAAAAUCCAUCGCUGCUUUCUUCAAUCAAAGUAAAAAGAAGCUACCUGCGAGUAGGGACUUUGGACCUAGUAGAGAACCUGCCAUACUAUCAGUUGAAGGCAGGGGAUAUGAUGUCCAGAUUCAUUUUCUUGAGGAGCCAGUAUCCAAUUAUUUGCAAGCUGCUGUCUCCACUGUGUUGGAUAUCCAUAAUCAGGAACCCAUGGGUGAUGUCCUUGUCUUCCUCACAGGUCAAGAUGAUAUUGAUGCUGCUGUUCAGAUGCUAACUGAUGAAGCUCAAAAUCUAGCAGCUCACCGUUCAGGAUUGCUUGUUCUGCCUUUGUACGCGGGACUUUCACGUGCGGAACAGGAACUGGUAUUUUCUCCCACACCUCGAGGAAAGAGGAAAGUUGUCAUAGCAACUAAUAUUGCAGAGACAUCCUUGACAUUAGAGGGUAUGGUCUAUGUUGUGGAUUCUGGGUUUUCAAAGCAACGUUUCUAUAAUCCAAUUACAGACAUCGAAAGCUUAGUAGUGGCGCCGAUAUCAAAGGCGUCUGCUAGACAAAGAGCUGGAAGAGCUGGUAGAGUGAGGCCUGGAAAGUGUUUUAGAUUGUAUACUGAGGAAUACUUUGAAAGUGAAAUGCCUCUGGAGGGAAUCCCGGAGAUGCAAAGGUCCAAUCUUGUUUCAUGUGUUAUCCAGUUAAAGGCCCUUGGAAUAGAUAAUAUAUUGGGCUUUGAUUGGUUGGCUUCACCAUCACCAGAGGGGAUGAUUAGAGCACUUGAGGUUCUUUACUCAUUGGGCAUCCUGGAUGAAGAUUCUAAACUAACUUCUCCAACUGGUUUCCAAGUUGCAGAGAUGCCACUGGAUCCAAUGCUAUCUAGAAUGAUCAUAUCAGGAAGUCAGUUUGGUUGCUCUGAGGAGAUGAUCAUAAUUGCAGCAUUUCUGUCUUUGCAAUCCAUCUGGGUUAUUGGAAGAGGAACACAAAAGGAGUUAGACGAGGCAAAGCAGGGAUUUGCUGUUGCAGAGGGUGACCACAUUACCUACCUAAAUGUAUAUAAAGGAUUCCUACUUUCAGGUAAAUCGUCCCAAUGGUGCCACAAGAACUUGAUAAAUUAUCAAGCCAUGAAGAAAGUCCUAGAAAUCAGAGAACAACUCCAUAAAUUGGUGCAGCGCCUUGGUCUUGUCUUAAAGUCUUGCGGCCAAGACACACAGGUGCAUAAGGAUGCCCAUGAAUCUGACCUCUUCAUUUAUGUGGUAAGAAAGGCAAUUACAUCUGGAUUCUUUGCUCAUGCUUGUCGCUUGGAGAGUUCCAGUCAUGGAGGGAUGUACAAAACAAUCAGGACUUCUCAAGAGGUUUACAUUCAUCCAUCAUCUGUUUUGUUCAGAGUGACUCCAAAGUGGGUUGUCUACCAUUCCCUUGUGUCUACUGACUGUCAGUAUAUGCGCAAUGUUAUUGCUGUGGACUCCUCCUGGUUCACUGAAUUGGCUCCUCACUUCUUUCAAAUAUAGAAGCAUAAUCCCACUCCUUACUAACUGCUGUUUGAAGAGUGGUGAGGAUGCUCAAGCAGGUGGUAUGGAUUAUAUGUACUUUCUAUGUAACACUUCUGCUGGCUAGUGUGGAGGGAACAUAGAUGUGAACGUAUGUUUCUGUUACGAACGUGAGUAGUUCCUAAAUUUUUCAAGGAACUAUGUCUCCUGUUUACUGUCUGAUAUGUAUGAUAUAACUGUUACUCUCCACAUGCAAUGGGGAAGUACGCCAGUGAUAUAUGACGCAUAUAGUACACCACAGUUCUGAUGACAAACAGUGGAGCUGGGUGCAGUUAUCUUCUCAUCCAAGAUCAAGAAAUGGACGCUCCUAUGGUGUUAGCACACAGCAGUGGUGUAUGGUGCACUUCUGCUUUAUUUAAUGUGUGGUACUACAUCGACCAAGUUUGUGCUGGCCUGUAGAUGAAUCAUACUUACAUGUCUAUCUUACACAACUCUCUCUUAUUGAGGGAAAAUAAAUAGGAGUAUGAACUCUAAGUUACUUUUAGUUUUUUC